CAUUUCAGUAAGAACGGCCUUGCCAGCAAAUUAAACCUUCUUUUUUAGUACUGUUUUCCGGUUAAUAAUUCCAUCUUUUGUAAGAGAAACUGAAAACAGCAAAUGGGUUCUGAGUCUGAGACAGUGUGUGUCACUGGUGCCGCUGGUUUUAUCGGAUCAUGGCUCGUCAUGAGGCUUCUAGAGCGCGGUUACAGAGUCCGAGCCACCGUGCGUGACCCUGCGAACAUGAAGAAGGUGAAGCAUCUAUUGGAAUUGCCAAAGGCUCAGACCCACCUGACACUGUGGAAGGCUGAUCUGGCUGAGGAGGGAAGCUUUGACGAAGCUAUUAAAGGAUGCACCGGAGUGUUCCAUGUGGCCACACCCAUGGAUUUCGAGUCCAAGGAUCCUGAGAACGAAGUAAUAAAGCCAACAAUAGCAGGGUUGUUGAGCAUCAUGAAAGCCUGUGUUGAUGCAAAGACCGUAAGAAGGCUAGUGUUUACAUCAUCAGCAGGAACCAUUGACGUUGAAGAGCAAACAAAGCCAGUGUACGAUGAAACCUGCUGGAGCGACGUUGAAUUUUGCCGCAACAAAAAGAUGACUGGAUGGAUGUACUUCGUUUCCAAGACUCUAGCUGAAAAAGCUGCAUGGGAAUUUGCCAAGGAACACAACCUUGAUUUCGUUAGUGUUAUUCCACCUUUAGUUGUUGGUCCAUUUCUCAUGUCAUCCAUGCCACCCAGCCUCAUUACCGGUCUUUCACCCAUUACUGGAAAUAAAGAUCAUUAUGGGAUCAUAAAGCAAGGUCAAUUUGUUCACUUGGAUGAUCUCUGCAAUGCUCAUAUUUAUGUGUAUGAGAAUCCUAAAGCUGAGGGUCGCUACCUUGCAUCUCAGUGCGAUGCCACUAUCUACGAAAUUGCCAAAUUGCUAAGGGAAAAGUACCCUGAGUACAAUGUUCCCACAAAGUUCGAAGGCAUAGACGAAAACAUAGAGAAGGUACAUUUCUCUUCGAAGAAGCUGACGGACUUGGGGUUUGAAUUCAAGUAUACGUUAGAGGACAUGUUCACAGGAGCUGUCGAAGCAUGCCGUGCAAAGGGGUUGCUUCCGGUUCCUGGUACCGAUGUCAAACCCAACGAUUCCCCAAAAAUAGAAGUCAAAGCCAACGAUUCGGCAGAAAAAGAAGUCAAAGCUAACGAUUCCAACUAAAGGGGGAAAAAAAAAAAAAAAAAAGAAUAGUCUGUCGUUUUGAGAAUUGAGAUCAGUUUCUUCGGUUUCCUUCCAUCUUUAUGUUUAAAAUUAAAAAAAAAAAAAGAGUGUUUUAAUUUUAUGGGGUUUAAGUUUAUCUUAAUAAUAUUCGUAAACUUCAGGUUUAA